AUGGCGGCGCCGGAGGAGCGGGAGCUGAGCCAGGAGCAGACCGAAAAACUGCUGCAGUUCCAGGACUUGACCGGAAUAGAGUCAAUGGACCAAUGUCGCCAAACCUUGCAACAGCACAACUGGAAUAUAGAGGCAGCUGUCCAGGACAGACUGAAUGAACAGGAGGGUGUUCCUAGUGUUUUUAACACAGCACCAAACCGGCCCCUGCAAGUGAAUACAGCCGACCAUAGAGUAUACAGUUAUGUCGUGUCCCGGCCACAGCCCAGGGGGCUUCUGGGCUGGGGUUACUACCUGAUCAUGCUUCCAUUCCGCAUCACAUAUUACACACUACUUGAUAUAUUUAGGUUUGCUCUUCGUUUUAUUCGACCAGACCCUCGUAGCCGAGUUACUGACCCUGUUGGGGACAUAGUCUCCUUUAUACAGAUGUUUGAAGAGAAGUAUGGCAGAACACACCCCGUGUUUUACCAGGGGACCUAUAGUCAGGCUCUUAAUGAUGCCAAACAGGAGCUGCGGUUUUUGCUGGUGUAUCUGCAUGGGGAGGAUCAUCAGGAUUCUGAUGAGUUUUGCAGGAACACCCUAUGCACAUCAGAGGUUUCUCAGUUCAUCAACAGCAGAAUGCUGUUUUGGGCAUGCUCUACUAACAAGCCAGAGGGAUUCAGAGUUUCCCAGGCUCUUCGUGAGAACACUUACCCAUUCUUAGCCAUGAUAACGCUGAAGGACCGCCGAAUGACGGUGGUGGGAAGGCUGGAAGGUUUAAUUCAACCCCAGGACCUAAUUAACCAACUGACUUUCAUUAUGGAUGCCAACCAAACCUACUUAGUGUCUGAGAGACUGGAAAGGGAGGAGAGAAACCAGACUCAGGUCCUGAGGCAGCAACAGGAUGAAGCAUACCUAGCUUCCCUGAGAGCUGAUCAGGAGAAGGAACGUAAGAAGAGGGAGAAGCAGGAGCAAAAGAGAAGAGAGGAAGAAGAGGCACAGCUCAGGCAGCUGGCAGAGGAGAGGAAGAAAAGGACCCUGCAAGAAGAAAAGGAACGCAGGUCAGAGUGUCUUCCUGCAGAGCCACAGCCGGACCAUCCUGACAGCGUGAAAAUCGGUUUUAAGAUGCCAAAUGAUACUAGAGUGGAGCGGAGGUUCCUCUUCACACAGCCCCUAUCAGUGAUUCAUGAUUUCCUUUUCUCUCUGAAAGAGACCCCGGAGCAUUUCCAGAUAGUGGCAAAUUUUCCUCGUAGGGUGUUGCCGUGCCUUCCCAGUGAGGAAGCCCCUGUGCCUCCAACCCUUCAGGAGGCUGGACUUGGCCGCUCACAGCUUCUCUUUGUACAGGAUCUAACGGACGAAUAA